AUGGGCGCGCGCCCGCCGCGAUGUUUCGGUCGGGCGGGUUGCUGUCGGUUUGCUCCGCAUUUCCUUUUUUUGUUGAUCGCAUCUCACGGUUCACUUGACUUACUGACUCCUGCUCCGUCGCUCUCUUGUCGUCGCUUUCGUUUUCAAUCUCGGCACCUUCACGGUUCACCCUCGGCAUCAUACGCUCAUUGCUCCAUAAUCAUUCACUUCCCCGCAUUCUGGCACUCCAUCUACUCUCGGUCUAGUUCAGCAUUACACUAUUUAUUGCUCAUAUCCACGUCUCUCUUUUUAUAUCUCGCAUACAUACUUCGCUCCCUGCACACGUUCCGUCUUCUCCUUCUCGUAUCUUGUCAAGCAGGGCUUCUCAAAUGCGAGACUCCCUUACCAUCUGCGGUAUCACCACAUCGAAAACCCCGUGCUGAGAAUACGUUGAGCGCGCGGCGCUUCGAUGUUCGACGCCCGGGUGCUGUUGUCAUGUUCACGGCCGGGCAUACAACACAGGCACCUUGCCGUUAA